UUAUUAUUCAGGAAAAAAGCUCAAAUAAAGACAUCUUCAAUCAUGAUCAUUUUCCCUUCUCUCAAUUGUUUCUGCCUGAAACCCUAGAAAUUCACCCUCCCAAUAUCACAAAAUCAAAAGAACCCCCAAUUUUCUCAAUAAAACCCUCCCUUUUCCCGAGAAAAUCCUUUUCGAUAUUAAUUAAGAAGGGAAUUUUAAAGCUCAAUUUCAGGUUUAAGGAAAUUAGAAUUUUCUUGGGGGGCAUAUGGGGAAGGUUCUACUGGAAGCAUCGAAGCCAUCCUCGUCGUCGGCCUCCUCCGUUAGCACGACAACGACUUCGACGUCGGUGACGGAGACAGUGAAUGGGUCUCACCAGUUCAAGAUCACAGGGUAUUCGUUGUCUAAAGGUUUGGGGAUCGGAAAAUACAUAGCUUCCGACACGUUCAUGGUGGGUGGAUAUUUGUGGGCGAUCUAUUUUUAUCCCGAUGGAAAGAGCCCCGAAGAUAAUGCCACCUACGUUUCAUUGUUCAUUGCUUUGGCAAGCGAGGGGACCGAUGUAAGGGCGCUUUUUGAGCUCACGCUCUUGGAUCAGAGCGGGAAAGAACGGCAUAAGGUGCAUAGCCAUUUUGGGAGGACGCUUGAGAGUGGGCCUUACACACUUAAGUAUCGCGGCAGCAUGUGGGGAUAUAAACGAUUUUUCAAAAGAACUCUACUGGAGCAGUCGGACUACCACAAAGACGAUUGCCUCUCGGUUCACUGUAGUGUUGGUGUUGUUAAGUCACACACAGAGGGUCCUAAGAUCUACUCCAUAGCUGUUCCACCUUCCAACAUCAGUCAUCAUUUUGGGAAACUACUAGAAAGUGGAAAGGGAACUGAUGUAAGCUUUGAGGUUGAUGGGGAAGUCUUUCAUGCCCACAAGUUGGUACUUGCUGCUCGUUCUCCUGUGUUUAGGGCACAACUUUUUGGACCGAUGAAGGAUCAGAAUACGAAGCAAAUAAAAAUUGAAGAUAUGGAAGCUCCUGUUUUCAAGGCCUUACUUCACUUUAUAUACUGGGAUUCUCUACCUGACAUGCAAGAGCUCACUGGUCUCAACUCAAAGUGGGCCUCUGCUUUGAUGUCUCAGCACCUGCUUGCCGCUGCAGAUAGGUAUGGGCUAGAUAGGCUGAGAUUAAUCUGUGAGGCCAAUCUUUGUGAGGAUGUUACCAUUAACACUGUGGCAACUACAUUAGCCUUGGCCGAGCAGCACCAUUGUUUCCAGCUGAAAGCUGUGUGUCUCAAGUUUGUUGCGAUGCCAGAAAAUCUUAGAGCUGUAAUGCAGACUGACGGUUUCGAGUACUUAAAGGAAAGUUGCCCGUCUGUCUUGACCGAGCUGUUGGAGCAUGUGGCUAGAGUCAACGAGCACUCAGUGAUUGUAUGCAGGCAUGGGAACGAAGCCAUCCUUGACGGAAGUGAUGCCAAUGGUAGGCGGGUGAAGCAACGACUAUAGUUUGCAGCGGCUGACUACUACUGUUCCCAUCUGUCUCUGUAGUUGUGAACCCUUUAAAAAAAGAGGAGGAAAAAUAUAAUUCUCUAGGACUAGGAAAAUUUUUUCCACUGUUGGUGUACUUCUGAGAGAUGUAAAUGUAGAUUUCCAUUUGAUGACCAUUGUUUUGUUUGCUUUGUAUUUCCAUAUAUAAAUAUAUAAAAUAUUUAUAUAUCUGUAUGUUUGGUCAUUUGUAGUACUUGUUUGUGUCACUUUGAUUACUGAUGUCUGUGUCUGUGUUUUUCAAGGAUUGACGUCCUAGGGAACAUUUGGACUCGCUAAGUGCUUUCCACUUUACAUAUACAUUUCAUUGUUAGUGAUCCA